UAAAUUGUAUUUUUUCCGAAUAAGUAAUAAAAUCUCUCUUGCAGCAUAUAUAUAGAUAUAUGUAUAUCCAUCGAUCCGCACGCAUGCUUUAGCCUCUUGAAGACUUGAAAUUCUUGGAGAGAGAGAGAGUAUGGAGGGUUUUGGAAGGUUGCCUGAGGAAUGUAUAUCAGAGAUUAUGUCAUACACUUCAGCUUUGGAUGCUUCAAGAUCAUCAAUACUGUCGAAAGAAUUCCGGUCGGCGGCCAGUAACGACGUUGUCUGGGACAGAUUCUUGCCGCCGGAUUAUGAGGAUAUCGUCUCAGCAUCAGUUUCUCCGGUCACAUAUGAUACCAAGAAACAACUGUAUCUCAGUCUCUGUGAUUAUCCUAUUCUCAUCAAUGGUGGCAAAAUGAGCUUUUGUCUUGACAAAAGAAAUGGAAAGAAAUGUGUUAUGGUUGGAGCGAGGCAACUUCUCAUCUCUUGGAAGAGUUGUUGGGAUUUUACGCCACAUUCUAAUUCCAGAUUUUCGGAGGUAGCGGAGCUAAGAUCUAUAGGAUGGGUUCAUAUUGAAGGCAAGACAACAACUGAAAUGCUGUCGAAGGACACCGAGUAUGCAGCUUAUUUGGUGUUUUGGGUUGGGAGAAUGGAUGGCCUUAAAUCAUCAAAUACAGUAAUAAGAUUUCGUAAGGGGAAAUCAAAAAUCGAUACGAUGAACGAGCGUUUUGAAUCCAGAGAGACUGGAAAACUAGCAAAGAUGAGAGGAGAUGGAUGGAUGGAGAUAGAGCUGGGGAAGUUCUACAACGACGACAGUGAUGAUGGGGAGGUGGAGGCAUGGUUCACUCAGAUCAGUAGCCCUAUUGGAAUGUCUGGACUCGUCGUUGAAGGCGUUGAGUUUCGACCUUUGUAGAAAAGAGAAAAAUCUCUCAGUUUUCUUUUAAUAGACACACACAACAACU